AUGCACGUCCUCCUUCUAAGUUCUUCAAACCACAACAGCGCUCGCAUUAUCCAAUCUGCUCUAUCUCGAAACUUUACUAUCACAUUUCUUACUCCCCAGACUUCACAAAUUCCUCAUCAUGCAAACGUCACUCUGAUCAACGGCCUACCCGCAUCCCAACACGACCUCGAAAUAGCUUUACAGACACCAAAGCCCCCUGAAGCAGUCAUACUCGCUUUCUACAACACCCAUGUUCUCGAAGCAGUCACUCACACUCUAGUCAGGGCUCUAAGAGCCAUUCAGUCUGCUAAAGUAAACGAAGAAAAGGAAGCUGCAGCAUUGCCUCUUCGUCUUGUGUUUAUCCAAAGUAAUGCGAUGCAGUUAGAGGUAGACGGUUGCAAGAAAGUCGAUAAAAUAGUACGAGAAAGCGGUUUACCUUUUGAUCUCGCUCAGUGUCCUCGCUUAGCUGGGGAACUCUCCGCCACCAUCCGGGCUUCGCCUGAAGAAGGGCGUGUUGCUGCUUGGUUGGCCACUGUCAAGAAAGCGAGGAUGGCCCAUUUCCUGGUAGAUAAAGCACGGGAGAACAAGUCGAAUGGAAGGGAAGAAUCUGGAGUAGGUGAUAUCAAGUUGGGAUGA